UUCAGAUCUUAUGAUCUGCAUCUUGUUUCCCAGCAAACUUAGUUACUCACAACUGUUUACUUCAUAAUUCAUACGUUAACCAUAACAUCUGUUGACUGUUGAUGCUGAGGUCUGUUGGUAGUAUUGAUAUUUAUUUGGAGUCGGUUGCCAGAUAAUUUAAAUUUAUGAUGGAAAUGGAAUUUAUGGAGUCUCCUCCAAACAAUACAAUUUCACCUGUUAGUUUUACAACUUGUGAAAGAUGCAGACGAAUACAAACAACAAAAGGCACAGAGCAGCUAUUUCUGAAGUCUGUGUCUGUUUGGGUGAACAAACCCCACGUUGUGAACAGAAGACUAUGUGGUUCCAAAAUAAUAAAUGUAUCUCGAUUAAAUUCGAGAUCAGAACUGUUGGCCAUUCUUCAGACCUCACAAAACUGUCAUUCACAUGAGAAGGAUACCCCAGAUGCAGCUGCUGCUUGCAAUUUUACAGACUUGGCUAAUGAAACAAAACCAUUUACAUUUAUUAUUAGAGAGCUUGUACCUAAGUCUGAGUUCUUCCCCAAACUUUUGGAAGCGGUUGUUUAUGGCAAGUAAAAUCAUAUACUAUAAUAUAUUAAAUAGGCCAAUAUUAUAUUUUGAUAUAUUGUUUAUAUUUUUUUUCUUUGAGUUCCCUUUACAGUAAAGUACUUUACUGUAGUAAUUUUUAUUGACAAAAUUUUGAUUCAAAAUAUUAUUCAAUCUGUGAACAGUCUUUGUACAUGUACACUAAUACAUAAAUGGAGUUUGUGACUCAUUUGUAGGAGAUUUUAAGUGUGACCUAGUUGACAGACCAUAAGUUUACUAUCCAAAAUUCACAUGCCCAUCCAUUCAUUUAAAACUUUGAUUAGUCCUGUACACAAAAAAAUAAAUAAAGGAUUUGUUUAAAUACCAGCCUGAAUCUUAUUGUAACAUUAAGGAUUGGAUACAUUUUUCAGAAAAGAGUUAAAGAAAUUCUGAGAAGUAAUUUCUAUCAUUUCUUCUAUAAAAACUAAAUUAAAAGUCAAAGAAGUACCGUAUGAGAAACUCUACUUUAAUAAUAAACUUCAUUCUUGUUUUACAGACAAAGAGAGAAUGAUUGUCUCAUUCCUCCCAAUAAGUCAAAAUUGUACAAGUGAAAAUGAAGAGAUAGCACCAACUUUUGAACUCAAGUACAGCAUUCAAUUCCAGCAAAUAAAUCAAAAUUUGUAAGUGAUCAUUAUUGAAUUAAAUUGGUGCCUGCUAGGGUUGAUAAUGUUAUAAAUUUCUAUGAUUACAAAUAAAAUUAAUUCCAUAGGGAAACUUCAGCACUUAUCACCAAUUAAAUUUUAGGAAAUGUUAGUAUUCAGAGCUGAUGAAAGCUAUAAUUUUAAAUGCCAAAUGCUAUGGCUUGAUUAUUUCUUAUAUUAAUUUCUAGGGUUUUAACCAAUAACAUAUAUGCUGGUAAACUAUAAAAAAAAAUAGAUCUUCUGUUACCUCAAAGCCAUUUUUUUAGUUCUCCUUUAAUAUAGGAAAAAUGCUAUUUUUGUUGUUGUUCAAGGUUAAUACUAAGAGCAACUGUUUAUAACCAAAAAAAAAAAAAUAGAACGACAAGUAUGACAUUUUAAGCUCUUGCUAUUUUAUUGCCCUAGCCCUGCCUGGGCUCAAGUCAAUGAGAUGGUCCUGUCCUGGUCAUGUGACCACUCAGAGACUGAGGAAACCCGACGGCAGCUGUCAUCACAGUGGCUGCACACAGUGCUGCUGGAAAAACUUGUCAUUUGGUCACACAUCAAUGAUAUUUCAACAUCAGCCACCUCAUUAACGCUUGUGCCUAUUGAUAAAUACAAAGAUACCUAUGUGCGUCUCAAGAACUCUUAUGGAAGAGAGUUAGUGAAGGUUGAGAAUGUUUUUUUAAAAUUUGAUUUCUAAAAAUAGAUGGGGGUUGUGUAUUUUUGUGAGUCUUGUUUCUUUUGGUUUAAUGUUUUUCAAAAUGACUUACAUAUUUCAUUUAAAAAAUUUUGUUUUUCAAAAUGAUUUACAUACGUUAUUUCAUAAAAAAUUUUUUUGUUUUGUUUUUCAAAAUGACACGUAUUUCAAUAAAAAAAAUGUUUUUGUUCUUCAUAAUGACUUACAUAUCUGUGUGUGCUUAUCCUCAACAUGUUACAUGACUUGAAAUAUUUCUUUCAGAACUGGACAGAACGAACUGACCCAAAGAAAUUUGUGUAUGAGGAUGUUGCCAUAGCAGCUUACCUACUGGUGAGGAUGCUUGCUAAUACAACAUUUAAUUAAGAUAAUUGGAUAUUUUAGUUAGUGCUAUGCCCCCAGGCUCCGGCAGACAUGUCUAUAAUGGCAUGUUGACUAAAGAGGUGCUGCCACGGACCCCCUAGCGCUACUCAGGGAACAUAACCACCAUUGCGUGAGUCUUCAUGGGCAGACAAUUGGCUUGCAUGGUUUCUGCCUAAAUUGUAGCAACUACAGUGCUACUGCCAGCUGUGUACAUAUCUGUAGUUGAAAGUAGAAAGAGGGAAGGGAUCAUGAUUACUGUAUUGUUGAUGCCAUUGAGGAGGGUGUUUACCCAGGCAACUGUUUCAUCCAAGUUAGCAGUGCAUAACAUUUAGUCUUAUAAACCAAACAAUAAUAUUGUACAAUUUUUUUUAUAAACUCAACCUCUCACAUUUUUUUGCUCUUUGAAAGAAAAUGUUUGUUUUUUUUGAUAAAAAAAUUCUGCAGCGAAAGAGUUAAAUAUUGUUCCUCAACAACUUUAAUGAUAAACUGAUGUGAGAUACAUGGUCCUGGUUAAAAUUAAAAUUAUUUCAACAACAUAAUAUUAAAACAAAGGAUUCAUAUGACAAAUGUGGGGAAAAAUUAGAUAAAAUAGUCAAUAGAUUGAAAAUCCUUUAAAAAAAAAUUCAAACUUGCAGUGUUUAAUUUUGAUUUUUUUUUCAUCUCUUAUUUUCACUAACAGAUUCUAUGGGAAGAAGACAGAAAGAAGAAAGGCCUCAGCGAGAAGCAAAGUUUUGUUGAUCUUGGAUGUGGUAAUGGCCUGCUGGUUUAUAUUCUCACCAAAGAAGGGGUAAGCUCAUUAAAAAUAGGUCAGAUGUAUUUCCAACACGCCCUCGUAAUUUUGUUUGCCGCUGCUGUGGCACCUGUUGUAAAAAUAUAAGCCUAACCAAGGCCAAUUUUGUAAUGGGAUGCUCGAAUCACCCUUGAAUCAUUUUAUUUACUUUUCUUUUUGUAUCUGUAUUUUAUUAUAGCACAGAGGCCUGGGUAUUGAUCUAAGGAAGAGGAACAUAUGGGAUACAUUUGGACCUGGCAUCAAUCUUAGAGUAAGUUUCUAUAGUAUAGAAAUGUACAGCAUGAUGUAUUAGGGCAAUAGCUCUCAACCUGUGGGUCGCGACCCCUUGGGAUUUGGAACGACCCAUACACAUGGGGUUGCCUAAGACCACUGAAAAACACGUUUAUAAAACAGCAACGAAAAAAAAAAAUGGUUUGGGGGAGGGGGGGGGGUUCACCACAACAUAAGGAACUGUAUUAAAGGGUCAUGGGAAUUACCACUGAAAAACACGUUUAUAAAACAGCAACGAAAAAAAAAAAUGGUUUGGGGGAGGGGGGGGGGGUUCACCACAACAUAAGGAACUGUAUUAAAGGGUCAUGGGAAUUAGGAAGGUUGAGAACCACUGUAUUACAGCAAUCAGGGCGUUAAUAAAAUACACAUAUAGAACAGCAUAUGAUGUUUGGUGUCAAUCUUGACUGUUGUGAUAUAAACCAAGGCACACACCAGAUGUCCUAUUAUUGAUUUCUUAAAUAAGAUCACAACAGGUGCAUAAUGUUGAAACUAUAAAUUUAAAAAAAUCCUAUUUGAAAUUUGUGGUUCUGUAUUACUUAAAUGUAAACAGUUUCAGAUUUCGGCCCUGCAUGUAAACAAUGUCAAAUUGUGGUUCUGCAAAACUUAAAUAUUAAACGGUUGGAGAUUGCAUUCCUGCGUUACUUAGAUGUAAACAGUCUCUGAAAUUUUCAAAGCUUUUUUUUAACCCGUUUUUAUUGUUGAGGCACAUAAAUGAAAUCCACUCCAUGACACGCAUGCUUACCUUCUUGGUGUUUGCAGGUGGAGACAAUCAGCCCAUCAGCUGACCAUUUGUAUCCUGAAUGUGACUGGAUUAUUGGUAAUCACAGUGAUGAGUUAACUCCCUGGAUCCCUGUCAUUGCGGCCAGGUAGUUAUUUCCAAGAUCUUCUUAUUAUUGCGGUCCUUAGUUGUUAUUAAGUCUUUUUACAACCGCAGUUUGUCUCUGCAUCUAGAUUUUCUCAGGUUUCGCUCAUCCGCUAUUUCUUAGAUCUUCUUCUUAAAGUUGCGCUCCCUAGUUCUUAUAUCAAUCUACAACUACUGUUUAUUUCUAUAUCAAGAUUUUCUUAGGCUUAGAGUGCUGUCUUUCCACUGUUUUUAGAUCUUCUUCUUAGUAUUGCGGUCUUUAGUUGUUUAUAAAACAUUUUACGCCUGCUGUUUGUUUCUGCAUCUAGCUUUUCUUAGAAUGCUGUCUUUCCACUGUUUCUUAGAUCUUCUUAUGAAUGCUGUUUCUUUGUCCUGCCCUGCUGCCAUCACGACUUUGUGGGGAAGUUUGGCGUGAGUGAGAAAGGCAAGAGUCGCUACGAGUCCUACUUGGACUAUGUCAAGGAGAUUGUCUCCUUCUGUGGGUUCCUCCCAGAGUCAGACACCCUUAGGAUACCUUCUACAAAAAGGGUGAGGCAUAGUUUCGAUCCAUUUCUUCGUUUUUCUAUUUUACAUAUUUCUAGUCUCCUUUUUAACAACAAAAAUUUAACAGGAAAUUUUAAAAAGGCCACAGAGGAAAGCAGAAAAGACACAUUAGUCUUUGAAAUGGGGACGAAUGAGUUUAAGCAAAUAUAAAUGUUUAUAGAGAUAAAGGACAAUGUUAGCAGCAUUUUUUUUAAUGGUGGUCAGCAAUGUUCCCUCUAAGGUUUGUUGGUUCGUGUGCAAAAUCAUAAAUUUGUGUGCAAAUUUUUACAGCAACAAUUUUUUUGUGUGCAAAUUUUACAGCCUACAGACACAAACACACCCUUAAGUUGAAAUUAGCUGCGCGGUACUCAAAACUGCUGCGCAGCUUAAAGGGAACAUUGGUGGUCAGGAGUUGGGGCUUUGUUGUUUUUAAAAAAAUUAAAAGCUGGUAUAGAGAAAAAAGAGUCUGUACAGUCUCUACCUUGUCUCUUUAUAUUUUAUAAUGUCAAUUUUAGGUACAUAUUUAUUUAUUUAUAUAUUGCAUCUUAUUUAAUCUGGAAGAGAGAUAUUAAAGAGAUUUUAUUUCUCAUGAAAUAAAUCUUACGUAGAAACAAUUUCUAUUUGAUGUUCUUGCCUCAAAUAGCCAGGUUCAUUCAUUUAUAUUAAAUGGAUUCUUAAAUAGAGAACUAAUAAAUAAUUUUUUUGCCCUGAAGACAACUACAUCACCAAGGUUUAAUAUAUUUUUUGUGGGAAUUUAGUAAUUUUUUUUUUGGAUUAGGUAAAAAUGGAUUAGAUUUUAAAUAUUUGUUUUUCCAGAUUUGUUACAUAGGUAGAGAGAGAUCAUACAAGAAAGAGCGGGAAGCUUCAAUGGACACAGACAGACAGGCUUACAUAGACAAGAGAACCGCCCACAGCCAUAGUCUGAUCUCACACAGACAGAAAUACCCUUAUGUCCCUGUGAAGAAAUCACUUUUGUGCGAGACCCAAAGCUCAGUAACUGCUCCUGACGCCAUCAUAUCAGAGACAUCACCCAGGAGUGAUCUCUCCUUGAGUGAUGAUCCUGGAAAAUCCAGGCCAGUUAGUAGAAGGAGUUUCAUUGAAGGGCAAGUCCUUCAGGAUGGCUCCGGACAUCUGCCCGAAGCUGUGCAUGUGGAUUCUCAAACGGUGUUUGAAAACAACCCCGAGCAACACUCUACUUUUCUGGAUAAGCGAAAAUGUGACUCCCCCAACUCAGCUGAAAUAUUACAACAAAAAACAUGUGAGGUGAAUGGUGUUAAGAGAUUUAGGUCUGGUGAUGAGGUGUGUUUGAAAAAUGGUGCAGGUCACUUGCCAUCGGAUGUCAACAGCUGGGAUGCGAGGUCAGGCUGCGAGAGGAGCUCCUGCCUGACCAAUGGCGCCGCAGAGAGGGCCGCCGCCAAGCAGUGGGCCACCGAGUUCCAGCCCAGGAUAGAGCAGAAGAUCAGGAACUGCCAGGCCGUUCCAGAACCCAUCAAGCAGCAAAUAGUCAGCUCUGUGUUUAAGCUGGUGCUCAAUGCUCCUGAUGCUGUACGUGUGCCAUUGGAGACGGGGAGGACUUGGAGGAAAGGAGGUAAUUCAGGGAAUAUUUCUUUAAAUGCUACAUGGCUAUUACUUGGCAUAUAGGUUACUAAUGUUAAAUUUAGUAAUACUAUGUCUAACACAAGGAAAACUAACACCUCUGUUCAGCUUGAUGUCUAGAUUUUUUAUGACUAACUACAGGUAAAACAACAUGGCCUCUCACGUCUCAACUCUAGAUCAAGAGGCAUGCCAUUGUAAAUGAACAGUCCCUCUGGUCCUAGGAUGUCUGCCACCGUCCCAGUUGGCUGCCACCAUGUUAUAUUUAGUCAUACAAUGUCGAACACAAGGAAAACUACCUCUGUUCAGCUUGAUGUCUAAAUUUUUAAUGACUAUCUACAGGUAAAACAACAUGGCCUCUCACAUCUCAACACAAGAAUCACAGGCAGGCCUCAUGUAUUGACAACAAUACAACAACGCCACCACAAGAAGUAAUAUUUAAAAAAUGUUAAAUGGAAGGAAAUGAAAUUCUUGAAGGAUGUAGCUAUAUAUUAUAUUGUCAAUCAAAUUGACCAGUCAUUGUAUUUAUCCUCAUGCCACCAGGUUCUGUGCCACUGGGACAUGUCGCUGAACUGUUUGAUAAGCAGACACUCCAUGCCCUGAAGUCUGAGUGUGGAGGACUACAGACCCUGUUACGCAAUCACAGUCACAUAUUUCAAGGUGAAUUCAUUACUUGCCGAGUAACAGAAUGAAAUAAAAUGCUGAUUCGCAUGGGGUGAAGAGGGUCGGGGAGGAGGGAAUAGGGUCGGGGAGGGGGAAAAGUGUUGGGAGGGAAGAUGGUCAGGGCCAUGUUGGGAGUGAAGAGAGUUGGGGAUGGGAGAGGGUUGGGCUGGGAGGGAAGAGGGCCUGGAGGGCAGAGGGUAUUUUGAUUAUUUUUUUUUUUCUAAUUUUUCUCAUUAUGAAACAGUUACGGGUGGACAAGUGCAACUCCGAGACUUUACGCAGGCCGACCCAUGGAAGGGGAGAAACCCCAACAAAGCCAAGGGCAAGCAGGGAAAGCAACAGAGAGACACAAGAAAGACAACUCUCUGCUGGUUCCAUGUCCACCAUCCCGAAGGCUGCCCGAGGCCCAGUGAUGAGUGUCAGUUCGCUCAUGGUCCAUCUGAGCUUAGGACAAAACAGGUGUCUGCUGAAGACGGUUGAAAUCGGAAUCUGGAGAGUCAAUGUUGUCAGACACAGUUGAUGUUGGGCCCAGUUGAUGUUGGGCCCAGUUGAUGUUGGGCCCAGAGAGUUGUUUUUGGCAUGGAGAAUUUCUAGAAUUUGCAUGUUAAACAAAUCAAGUUUUAACUGUUCCAUAUGUACAAAAAUGAAUGAAUAUCAACAAGAAAUAUAAGAACAAGGUGUGGUAAAGUUGAAUUCAUAGACAGGACUACAGAUUUUUAUGUAUAUUUUGAUCCGUUAACUCAUUCCCUCCGGCAGCGCUGCUUCCGGACUUAAUUUAUUUUCCUGAGAAAAGGGAAGCAACUCAGUUUUGAAAUUGAUUUAUAUUUUUUAAAUAUUUUUUUAAGUUGCUAAAUAUUCUUUAAUGUUAAUGAAUUAAGAACAAAUGCAACAAAAAAUGAAUAAGGUUUAAUAUAAAUAUAACAUUAGCGGGGAAAAAAUAACGUACAAUGGCCAAAAAAAUCGAUUUUCGGCACCUCUGACGAACACAUGCUACAUAUAGACGCGCCGUACUAAAGCACACGUAGUUUUAAAGUGAAACAAGAUAAAAACUUCCGGUUUCUAAAUUAAAAUCACGCCAUAGCCGUAAGUCUCGAGGGAUGCGAGAUUUCAUUGCUAUUUUUAACUAAAAAUAAGAGAGGGGUGUCGUUAUGCGCCGGGACGCAUUUGGACGCAUCAGGAGAAACCCCCCCGAGGACGCAUUUAGUCGCAACCGUCGGGAAUGAGUUAAGAUACUCUACCUUAUUUUUCACGGUACCAAUAUUUAUAUUCUUUAACUUCCUGUAAUCCUACUUCGGAAAACAAAUGGGAAAUCACUAAAGUUUUUUUUACUGUGCUCUGUUACUUGUCAUACUUCUUUUUUGUCUUGUUUGCUGAUGAAGGCUCUAAGCCGAAACGUCCAAAUCUUUUUUUUUUUUUUUUAAAAUCUAAGUUUAGCAUACCUAGUUCUUAAAUUUCUUUUACACAACUUGUAUGCAGUCCAUCAAUUAUUCUCUUGAAUGAAUAUUAAUAGUGUUUAACCCUGUCUUAGUUAGAUAAUAAUUACGGUGUCGGAGUUUUGUAAACAUGCAAAGAAUUUUAAUAAUCCAUCAGUCGAAAGAAGAGUUUAUUGUAGACCGUAAGGGGCAUGUCUGGAAUUGGUUAUUUUAUUCAUGUUAAACUCAUUUGUCUUAGAGUUAGAGGCUAUCUAUAGAUGAAUGCACACAUUGCGGUGGAGGGGAGUUACAAAUUGUGAAGAGGAUGUUGAAAUAUUUUUGACAAAUUUGUGGGGAUGGGGUUAAAAACACAGCUAAAAAAAGCAUGACAUCAUUUAUGGAUGUCCCCUUAAAUCAGAGGUUCUAAACCUGUGGGGCGUAACCCCAGACCUGUUUACUCUUACGAUUUUGGCGUACAAUGUAUGAUUUUGAGGUGUAUACAUUAUUUAUACUGUAUUUUUUUUUUUUACUAUUAAGAUAAUGUAUUGAACGAUUUUUUGAUGAUAUUGUACGAUUUUAAGAGUUUGAGGGUAAACAGGUGUGUAAUCCCUUUGGAGGUUGAAAGACCCUUAUACAUGGGUUGCCUAAGACCAUCGGAAAACACAUAUUUAUGAAGAAGCAACGAAAAUAAUUUUAUAGUUGGGUGUCACCAAGACAUGAGGCGCCGUAUUAAAGUUCUGCGACAUUAGGAAGGUUGAGAGCCACUGCCUUAAAUAAUAACUAUGCACAAAUUGACUGCCAGGAUACCACUCCCUCCCCUCCCAAAUUCCACCCGAAUGUCCAGUUCAUUUUAACCAACACUUCAAUGCAAUUCUAGGUCACUUAAGCCGAUAUUUAAUUAGGAUUUAUUAAACUAUAUAUAUUUUUUUACCAGUGCUAUGUCUCUGUCGUUCUCCCC